CACAUCCCAAGUCAUUCCGUUCGACGAACCUGGCCACAUACGGAACAUUUUUCGUGACCACUUUUUCCGCUCUACACCUAUCAAGAUACGUCUCCUUACUCUUACUUCAUGGGCUUAACUAUCGGGAAUAGGGUAUUUCUAGUAAUCUAGUAACUCGCGCGCGCAUGUGCAAUCCAAAUGCAAGUUUAUAUGACAAGCACGACGCGUCCAUGUGUUUCCAAAAUAAUUUUAUCAUUUGAUUAAUUCGCGUGUCUUCGAAGAGUCGCUAUUUAUAUUUUACAUUAUAUUUUACACGUGAAAUGGAUUCUUAUAUAAUGCAGAUUCGGCGAGUGUGGCUCAACCAGGACGGGGAUGCGUUGGCGGAUCUCUUGUCUCUACGACACAGUCACGUUUCGAUACCUCAAAUUGGAUCAGAAACUGCUAUAAACAAGGCCAUGGAACACUUAUCCGCACCAUUAGACGACCUGGUGCUUUGCCACUUGAAAGCCGUAUCUACUAUGAACAAGAACGAUCCUUUGGCCAUGUACAAUUAUCAAAGUUCGGCUGUGCAGUGUCUCGCAAAGAUUUUGCAAAUGCAGAAGGAGGAGAACUGGAUGUUGCCGGUAAUGAACGUGAUGUGCCUGGAACUGAGAUUGUCGGCGAUAGGUGCAGAAAAUUCCAAGAGCAACAAAAACGUAAAGCCUGGCGAGGUCCUGGAGAAGUGCGCCGAAUGCUUGAUGGCCUGCUUCCGGGUUUGCGCAGCUGAUAGCAGAAGUUCGGAGGAGGACACAAAGCGAUGGGGGAUGUUAGCCCUGAUCAAUCAGUUACUCAAGGUGUAUUUCAGAAUUAACAAACUGCACUUGUGCAAACCUCUGAUACGGGCCAUAGAAUCUUCCCCGUUUAAGGACCACUUUGCAUUGGCACAGCAGAUCACAUACAAGUUUUUCGUCGGUCGGAAAGCGAUGUUCGACAGCGACUACAAGAUCGCCGACGAGUAUUUGACUUACGCAUUUGAGCAUUGUCACGUACAGUGUUCGAAAAAUAAGAGAUUGAUCCUGACUUAUCUGGUACCUGUGAAGAUGUUACUGGGAUACAUGCCCAAGAAGAGUCUCUUGGAGAAAUAUAAUUUAAUGGAGUUUUGGGAGCUGAAGGAAUCCGUGAGAAAAGGAGAUUUGCGCUCCUUGGAGGGAGUAAUGGCGAAGCACGAGACCUUCUUUAUAGAUGCCGGCAUAUAUCUGAUUGUGGAGAAGCUGAAGCUAAUCGCGUACAGAAAUCUGUUCAAGAAAGUGUACCUAGCGUUGAACACGCAUCAGAUACCAGUGCUGAGUUUGCUCGUGGCACUACAGAUGUACGGAAUGGAGGAUAUAGACAUGGACGAGACAGAGUGUCUUCUCGCCAAUUUGAUAUACGAAGGCAAGAUUAAAGGCUACAUAUCUUAUCAGCACAAAAAAUUAGUUAUAUCUAAACAAAAUCCUUUCCCGUCGUUAUCCACCAUUGUAUCGUAAAUGAUUGUAAUUGUAAUCGCUGUUACUUUCGCAAUAAAUAUAUUCAUAUUUUUUACGUUA